AUGCGCAAACCCGGAAUCGAACCGGGGGCCCAACGAUGGCAACGUUGGAUUUUACCACUAAACCAUUUGCGCUGUGAAAGAGCUCCGAGACGG